AAAUGACUGUUUAUAAAAAUAUGGUUGGAAAUAAUUACUUAGCAACACUGAGUUUUUAGCAAUUCUAUGCUAACAACAAUAAAUUCUUAAUAUUUCGUUUAUUCUAAUAAAAAAUGGAAAAUAAUCGUGAUCAUCGACCGGAAAUUCUUAAUUUGUGGUGUAAUUAAUAAGAUGUAAUGGUUUAACUUUGUUAAAUUCAGAACAUUUCAACAAUAUGUCUGAAGACUCGAAUUCCAUUUCGAACAACCUCUGUAUACCUGAGGAUGCAUUUGAACAGUUUCAAGCAGUUUCAAUGUAUCAAGAAAAGGAAUACAUAACACUGCCUAUCCAAGCAAUAGUGCAACUUCAACAACCGGAUCCCGGCGAAAAUCGCACCCGUUGCGACACUGAGACUGUUGUAAGUACUGAAAACGAAGUAAACACCACAGUCAACACUGAAAAUGUAGAAUCUUCACUCUGCCAAGAGACUUUAGGUGUGUCUUCUUCGGAAAACUCUGAAAACAUCAACAAUUUUGAUGUAAGCAAAAACAACCUCAAUCGUAAGCGUAAACCUCAAUCAGCCAAUAAAAGAGGUAGAAAAAAGAAAGAAACAACGGCAAAGAAUAUCAGCGCAGACACCAGUAAUGUAAUCAUUCUUGGUACAAGAGAAAGUUGUGAUAAACAAUUAAAACCUACUGAAGAAACAACUGUUGCUAGUACUCUACCUCAAAAAAGAAGAAGAAAGUCGGUAUCACAAACCCCUGCCGGUACAGAAGUAGUACCUUCAGGAAUGGAUCAGGAUAGUUCUGUUAUUCCUAGUCCUCCAUUAAGUUCUGACCUUGACAACUCGGAUUUACUUUCUGUCAUAGUUAGGAGAAGGCGAGGCAGGCCAAGAAAAGUGUCUGUUACAAGUGAGCCCGUCUCUAAGCCACCUUCUAGUGACAAUAUUUGUGAUCCAACACUGCCACGGAGGAGAGGUAGAUCAAAAAAACAGAAAAAUGAUUAUAGUCUUUCCAGCCCCACAAAUGAGAAGAACAAUCAAUUAGGAGAUGCAACAAACAUAGAUUUAAAUAAUUCACAGUCUACUGAUGUAUUAAAAAAAGAACAAGUAGAAACUAAUAUUGUAACUAAAACUACAGGAUUUGAUACAAAAUGUGAGAGUGACAACUCUACUAAUGAUGAUGACAUUUGUUUAAGUAAAUUGAAAACACUUGAAAAAUCAGUUCAUAAUGAUCAAAAAGGUAAAAUAUGUGUUAAAACUGACAAUAAUUCUGGAAAUACGUCUGAUCUGUCCAAGCUGUGCAGUAAAACCGAAAAUGAAACUUCUUCAACCAAAAUUGACACUGAUUAUGAGAGUUCUCAGGAUUUUCAUAGCAAAGACAUCAUAACCAUCAAGAAGUCAGAUUUUAUUGAAUAUGAUACGUCAAAAUCUGAAAUUAAUAGCACAGUUAGUAAAAUUAAUAGAACAAUAGUCUCACCUACGGAAGAUGUUGAUGUAGAAAGCAUCAAUGACAAUUCCUUCACAGAACAGAAUAAUAAAAUGCCGGUAAUUACACAUGUUGAAUACAAUAUAGACAAUAUCAUCGACAAGGAAAUUACAGCUGCUGAAGAAAAUUCUGCACUCGUGGAAGACACAUCUAAAAGACCUGUUCGCAGAAAAGUUCCCAAGUUACGUUAUGAUGAAGGAUCUGAUGAAGAUCCAUUUGCUAAUAUUGAGCUAUCUGACGAUGAUGAUGAGCCACUAAGGAGGAAAGGUAACAGGUAUUAUUCUGAUGAUGAAUAUGUACCUGGUAGAAGAGGAAAUAAGGAUAUUGAUUCGACAGAUAGUGAAGUUCAAGCUCUAUUAGAUGAAAAGGUGAAAAAACAAAAGAAGAAAAGGUUGCGUAAGAAAUCAGAAAACCGGUCACCACGAAAAAAAGGAAAACAAAGACAAUUGAACCAGGAUACAGAAAGUGAUAUAGAAAUAUGUGUACCAGCUACUACUUCACAGUCAAGUGAUGUUGAGAUAUGUUUGCCAAAUGUAGCGAGUGGAACUAAUGAUGAAGCUCAAUCACAACCAACCACUAAUUCAAGUACUUGGGGAUGUAGUAAUGAGUUUGAAAAUUUCAUUGCUAAAAAAAUACAGGGUACUAAUAUACAAAUAAAAAAAGUUUCUGCCACAGAUUCUGCUGAGAACAAGACUCUCGAAAUACCAGUUAUCGAUCCAGAUGCCAAGAAAAGUGUAGAAAUGUGGUCACAAACUAAUAAAAUAGACACUGCAUCUACUUUUGUUCAAACCAAAUCGCCAUUUGAAACCAAGAUGAAGACAAAUGUUGAUUUAACAUCGGAGCAGUCCAAAAGUGCAUGUGCAUUCCUUAAUGGUAUUGUGAAAAUGACUUCAGAGUUGGGUACGUUAAUGAUAGAAAAGUCUGAAGAUUUCAUGAAAAAGAAAAUUAAUACAACUCAUGUUACCGAUACUAUGAAAAUGGAUUACUGUGUACGGAAAUCAUUCUUAUUAUUUAAAUUAGCUAAACAUAAUCUUGAAAAGAUGGAGGAGGAUUUAGAAAGUCAAUAUGAAAAAUUUUUAGAGACCCAUAAUUUAACAGCCUGUAGAGAAGUAGAAAAAGAAAUAGCACCCUCAACAAAAAUAGAUAAUAGUGACAGUGAUUGUGAAAUUGUGGACGAACCGGUUGUAUCGACCCCUGUAAAUAAAUCUAAAGUGAAUCCUAAAUUCAAUCCCAAAACAGUGUUUCUCAACAAAGAACUUUCGAUUAAAAUUGCAAAAAAACCAACUGAAACUAAAACUCUUGAUAUCAAGGGGCGCCAUACGGUUUGGAUUAACGACACAGUAAUGGUAAAAAAAGUAAAGCCUACUCAGUCUUUUUUAGCCCAGGACAGCCGAAAUAAAAAACCUCCUGACAAUAAAAUCACCACAAAAAUGGUAAGUGAUUUUUUCAAGAAGUAUUAUCGCCAGAAAGCUAUUUCUAUUUGUGCCCCUUUUAUAACCACAAACUGGUUGAAUAUGAGCCAAGAAUGUGUGUGUAAUUAUUUUGUUGUUAAACAAAAUCAAUUUAAAAAUAAUGACUAUUCUGCAAAUGUUGCAAUUAAUGCAGAAAAUAAUACUAGUACUUCAGAAAGGACUAAUGAUAUUAAACCAUUAUCCAACAUUGAUGAAGUAACAUGCCCCGAGACACUUCUUCAAUUAUGUAUUCGGAUUGCAAACAAUGAGAUACAUAAUAAAAUGGCUGUAAUAGAAACUAGUCAACACAUGCAAAAUGAACUUCCAGAUGAGAAAAACCAACCAGAAACAUUAUUCCGACUGUGCCUGAGGGUCCUGACUUGUACAGACGAUUACAUGGAGGAAAGAAGUGCGACACACUUAAAAAUCAUAAACCCUUGUGCUACAUCAACUGUACCAUUUCUUAAAACUCUCUGCUACCAAAAAAUGGUCGCGCUAUUGCAUUAUUUAGCUAGAAAGAAUCCUAAGGAACAUAGAAAACUUGAGGAAACAAGGUUCAGUAUAGAGGAAACCAGCAACUUAAUUCCUACCACUCUAUCAGAACACUUACUCUCGUCAAAUAAUAUAAAUAAUGAAAUGUUAUCUAAAUGUGUUGAGCUUACAAGCCCAGAGACUCUUUUGCGAUUGUGUAUACAAAUUAUAAACAAUGAUAAAAAACCUAAAUGUUUACUCAUUAAAGAAACUAGUGAACAUAUUCAAAAUACAAUUACAUAUGUGAAAAACCAACCAGAAACAUUACUUCGACUGUGCCUGGGUGUAGUGACGACUUCUAUGGAUGUUGACAUCAAAAAACAAUGUACUACACUCUCAAAAAUCACUCCGCAACAAAAAUUUAAUGAAUCUCAGAGUAUUAUUAGUGUCUUCAAUCCCAAAUCUCUCAAAUUAUUUGUUUUCGAGUAUGUUAAACAAUUAUUUUUUGGAGAAAUAAAUGUUUGCUCUUUUGAAACUAAUCAGUUUCAAUUAAAUCAACGUGAUGAUGGAACAAUGAUUGAAGGUUUAACUAUAAAUAGUGUGAAUACACUAUCGGAAGAGGCUUUCCUAAGUCUUGAAGAAGCUCAGGUAGAUGACAUUGCACCAGAAUAUUUAGAAGAGUUUGAUGAAAAUCAUUAUGAUGAUGAUAAUGACAACUACUCGGAAGCUAUGCCUGAAGAAAACGAAUCUGAACCUAAUUGGGUAUCUCAAGUGCAGAUGCAAGAACUCAGAUCUUGUACUGUUAAUUGUGAUGAAAAUCAAGAAGAUUUUUCGCCACUUAUUGCUCAGAUCAAAAUUGAACCUUUGGAUGAAGAUUUGCCCGACAAUGUUGACUCAUUAAAUCAAGUAAAAAUUGAGCCUAUUCAUGCACCUGAUGAAAUGACAAUGAUACCUGAGGUAAAAAUAGAGCAUCUAGAUGACUUGUGUCCUGACUCCAUACUAAAAGACAACAAUAAGAGUUAUGAUGUAGAGACAUUUGAAAAAUUUGUUUCUUCUAACAAAAUUAUAUCUGGAUUACAUGAUGAUGUUUUCAGUCAAAGUGCUUUAAGAGUACACAGACGACAUGAACCUGAUUACGAAGAAGAUGACAUGAGUAUGAGUCUACUCGUACCGCAGACAUAUGAACCAUUAACUAUAGAAACUGCUAAAGGAAGUUUAAUGCAGAGUAGCUCUGAGGAAGAUGAUUCUAAAAAUAAAAAGGUUGCUGGAAAGAAGAAAGCUGAUAAAAAACCUAAGAGUAAACCGAAGAAACCUGAUCCAAAAACUAACAAAGAAUUACCUACAGUUUCAACUAAAGAUAAACCAAGUAGUAAUGAAGUUGCUAAUUUAACCAAAAGACUGAGAGACAAAAUAAGGCAAGAAGAGAAAAAGGAUGACUCAACAGACUCUGAACCUGAAACUAUACCUGUACGGUCAAGAAAUAAGAAAGAACAAGAAAAGACCGAACAUGCUCAGGCCAGUAAAGAGGAUGAGAUACAAUGCAACAAUGUGGAUUCAACUGAUCAAGUUGAGGAAACUGCCUCCAGCUUUAUUGGUUUUUCAGCGAUUGACCAGAACGAGAUAUCCACAUACCACAAAUAUAUGAAAUUUGUGUAUGACAAAAUUUUACCAGAAAAAGAAUCUGACAAACCUAAAACAGAAGAUAAAACCAAUAAAGUGAAUAAGAAUGACGAGACACCAGUAAAUAAAACUGAUGACACGCCAUUGAUUUCUAAUGAGCCUAUAGAACUUUUGGAGUGUGAGCCGUUGAUGCCUCUGUUCGAUGCGAGACUAUGUGAUAGAAAAUAUUCUAGAAAGAGCCAGGAAAAGGUAAAUGCAAAAGAACAAACUAAAGUUGAACAAACAUCUAAACAAGAAACUACCGCAAAGCAAGUAAAAAUUCCUGAAUUCAUAGAUCGUGGUUGGCACUGCUACCCGGUGAAUAAGAAUGAUAAAAAACUAUACCAGAGUACUUUUGUAGCUCUAGAAAAAUUGCCAGAGUCAUUUGUACAGACAUAUUUUGAGUAUCAAGGCAUAGCAACCAAAACUACUGAAGAUGAGGAAAUUAACAGGUUGACCAACCUAAACUCAUUGAAUAGAAGUGGUCAAAGUCAGAACCUUGGUAAAAAUAAAUUGAAACCUAAGCAAAAGGAUGGGAAGACUGAGCAUGUAUCUGAAGCUGGCAGCAGAUCGGAAAGUCCCACAUACUCGGACCAUAAUGAGUUGGAGCCUUCCGAUGAUGAUGGAGCUAACAUUGAAGAUGAACCUGCUCCACCUGUUGCUACAAGAAACACAGAGAACACUUUAGCAAAGAACCUAUUAAUGAAUGACAAUGAAAGUGAUUCGGAUGACGUCACUAAAAAAGUAAAGCAGGAGCCAGCAGAAGGACGUUAUGAAACUAGACAUAAAACUAGCAAGAAAAAAAAGGAGAUUACUGUGGACAAAGAGGAUUUAAUGCUCACUGCUGAUAAGAUGAUGAAUAAAGAACUGACAUUACUACAUGCCCCUGUUGUAGUCGCUGAUGAUGUCAAUAGUACACCCAUUAAAGGCCCUGUCACGAGGAACAAACAGAAAACCGCUAUGAAAUCUCAACCCGGCAGCAGCACUAAAACGAACAAUGAAGAGGAUUCCUCUUCUGAAGAGGAGAAGCAGUGGGUGUCGACGAAAGAGAAACUUCUCAAAAGAAUGGGCAAGAAAGACCAAGCAAGCCUGGACGAUGCUAAGCGAGCGAAGUUGGUAAGCGAAUUCAUUGAGCGACGCGGCGACCGUCCGGUCACACAAUUACGACGGAGCGGUCGACCGCGACGCUCUGCCAAGAAGUUCUUGGAAAGAGAGAAGCAACUCGGAAUACUAUCGAGGGAGUUAUUUGGAGAAUCAGCAGAUGCGACUAUGUCCAAACGAUCUCAAGCAAGUGUAUUCAAAGGACGUCGCAAUAUUAGAAAGGUGAUUGACAAAAAAUCGUUAGCUCGUAGUACUGUGGUAGCUAACAUGGAGGAAUUCGAGAGAAAGAGAAGACUGAAUGCUAAACAAACCAAAUUGAGGGAGCUGCUAGGCUGUGAGGAAGGUGUGAACGUGCUAGUCAUUAACGACGAGGUGUGUCUGGAGUACGACUUCGAGGAGAACAGGCCUGUCGUCACCAUUCACCCGUUCUUCACUAAAGUUAUGAAGGCGCAUCAGUACGAGGGAGUCAAGUUCAUGUGGGACGCUUGCUUCGAGAGUUUGUCGGAGAUAGAGGCGGGCAGGCCGGGCGGGGGGUGCAUACUCGCUCACUGUAUGGGGCUCGGGAAGACAUUGCAAGUCUUGGCACUGUUACAUACGGUAUUAACUCACCCUGGAGUGAAAAUGCAACGUGUUCUCGUGUGCUGCCCUCUAUCAACUGUUCUCAACUGGGUCGACGAGAUACACAAAUGGAUUGGACCUGUUACUAAUCAGAUAAAAGUAUUUGAACUCUCAAAGCUAAAGAAAACGUACGAACGAGCGUACCAACUGGAAGACUGGUACAAUGGUGGCGGAAUAUUCAUCAUAGGGUAUGAACUCUUCAGGAGUUUGACAACCCUGGAUCCGUUCCUUGAUGACGUACGACCGACUAUCAUAAACAAAAUACGCACAGCCCUACUGGACCCAGGUCCGGAUAUUAUUGUCUGUGAUGAAGGACAUCUACUAAAGAACGAUUGCUCAGUUCUUGCCGUCGCCAUGAGCAGAGUAGCCACAAAAAGGAGAAUUAUCCUGACUGGAACACCAAUGCAGAAUAAUCUUAGAGAGUAUUACUGCAUGGUCAACUUUGUUAAGCCUAAUUUACUUGGUACUUAUGCUGAGUAUUCUAAUCGGUUCGAAAAUCCAAUAAUGAACGGCCAGCACCGAGAUUCAAGUGAUGAAGACAUCAAGUUGAUGAAGGCUCGCACUCAUAUUUUACACAAAGUAUUAGAAGGGUGUCUGCAAAGGCAGGAGGCUUCAGUACUCUACCCGUACUUGCCAAAGAAACAUGAGUACACAGUAUUUAUAACUCUAACACAGUGUCAAUGGGACUUGUACAAACACUACUUGGAUAGUUACGCGAAACAAUCUAAACAGAGCAUAUUAAAAGACUUCCAUAUACUACAGAAGAUAUGGUCGCAUCCACAAGUGCUUCAUAACUUCCAGACUAAAGCCCGCGAUCGGGCAGAGGCUAAUAAGUUGUUAAAAGUUGAAAAGUUAGAAGAUGACCUAGCAACGGAGGACGUGGAGGAUAUAAAGCCGAAUGUAUCAGACGACCUGUGGUGGCUGGACUAUCUGGACGGUGGCAACAUGCUGGAGACGCUCGACAGCUCCAACAAAUUCGUCGUUGUCUUCAGACUGCUCGACGAGUGUAUUGCACUUGGUGAUAAAGUGCUAAUAUUCUCCACGUCGCUAUUCUGUCUGGACGCGCUAGAAUAUUUCCUAAAAAAGAUGAAGAACUGGUCGCUAGGCAACGAGUACUUCAGGUUGGAUGGUUCAGUACCGCCUGAAGUACGACAGAAGUGGUGCCGGGAGUUCAACGCCGACAGUAAUACUAAGACUAAAUUAUUCUUGGUAUCGACCCGAGCGGGUUGCCUAGGCUUGAACAUGACGGCUGCCAACCGCGUAAUCAUCAUGGACACUUCAUGGAACCCUGCGCAUGAUAUACAGAGCAUCUUCAGAGUAUACCGGUUUGGACAGAAGAAGGACUGCUACAUAUACCGGCUGGUCGCAAUGGGUACAAUGGAGCAGAAGAUAUACGAGCGCUCUGUAACAAAGCAGGCCGUCGCCUGCCGCGUCGUCGACGAGCAACAGAUUGACAGACACUAUAACAGUGCGGAACUCACUGAGUUAUACAUGUACGACGAGGCGGGCGCGUGCGUGGCGGGCGGCGUGGCGGCCGGCGUGCGCGACGUGGCGCUACUGCGCGUGGCGCGCGACGCCGUCUUGCACGCCGUGCACGAGCACGACUCGCUGCUGCGCGGCGAGCACGAGCAGGCGCUGCCCGAGCACGAGCGGAACGCUGUCUGGAUGCAGUUCCAGCAGGAACAACACCACAAACAUUUGGAAGGCGAAGUAGAUAGCAAACAAUCAAAGAUAUCGUUAAAACGUAUUACAAACGCAGAAACACAGAAACAGACGACUGAAGUUAAAAUUGAACCAAAACAGGAGGACUUCGUCCCCGAUGAACCUAAAACUAAGAAGGGAAAAAAGCCGAUCGCCGCAAACAUAAAGAACAAUAGUAAGAAAAAUUCCCCUAAACCAAGCACCAGUAAACAACCCGAGGAACCACCACCUCCACCUCCACCUCCACCCUCCCAACCCUCCACCUCCUCUACCGCAACCCCAGAGGACAUCGCCGAGGAAAUCCUCGUGGACCAGAUCACGGACAUACUCCUCAAAUACAAUUUCCAAAACCGAAAACGGAAACAUGUCGAUAUUGUACACGUAGUUAUGAAAGUUAGAAAGAUUGUACAGAAAGGUUAUUUGGAGGAGAAAGACUGGGAGGAUGAUAUGACGGCCAAUAUAGCGCAGGUGUUGCUGAGGCAAGAUACGUCACUGCCCCAAGUCGGCGAUAUUGUAUGCGAGUCCAUCAACAACUCCCUAGCGCCCAACGCCGUGCUCGAAGACAAUGAAGAAAAGAAAGAGGCAAUACAUAAAACAACAAAUCCAAAUGAACGAAUAAAAAGAAGAGCAGCCAUUGCAGCCGAAAAAAGUAUCGAUUCACUAUCAGAAGACGUCAUAAGCUUAGACGAUGAUGAAUGGACCGCUGAUACAGACUUUAUUCCAGAUUAUCUGGAAAAACCACCAAGUUCUAGUAAAGGUAAGAAGAAGGUUAGAAAUCCCACAAAAGUUGUAGACAUGAAUGAAGAUACUAUGAGUGCUGAUGAACAACCAGAAGAAACACACACAGAUACUAUGGAAUCUGCGAUUAAAUUAUUCAAGACAAAUGAUAAACCUAAACCACCAGAACCAGAGCCAAAAGUGGUUCCAAAAAAACCCGUUAGCGUUAAGAAGCCAAGGUCAGCAAAAACUAAACCGCAGCCGGCAGAAAUCGAACCGUGUCAGGUAGAAACUCAACCGUGCGCGGUAGUAACCCAACCGCAACCAGCAGAAACGCAACCGUGGUCCACAGACACCCAAUCGCACCUAGUAGAAAUUAGGUCGCGGCCGGUUAAAAUUGGACCGCGUUCGGUAGAAACCAAACCGCGGCCGGCUCUAACCAAAGCGCGGCCUGUAGAAACUAAAGUGCGGCUGGUAGAAACAAAAGUGCAGCCGGUAGAAACUAAAGUGCGGCCGGUAGAAACCAAAGCGCGGUCGGUAGAAACCAAAGCGCGGUCGGUAGAAACUAAAGUGCGGCCGGUAGAAACCAAACCGCGGCCGGCCAAGCCACCUAGGCAGCCUGAGAACCACGUAACAGUUACGGAACCAAUGCAGAGCAGUAUUACAUUGAGUGACGACGACGAGGACAUCCUGGUGAACACUUCACCUGCUUCUUAUAAUACAAAAGACAAAACACCUACUCCUGGAAAUCCAGAUAAAGAUAAAAAUGUCCUCGAUAGCGAUGAUGAGAUAGUGCCUUUACCGAUGUCGUUGUUGAAGAACCAGAAUUUCAUAAACAUCGUUGCCCACACGUAUUUAGUUGGCAACCCUAUGUUAGAUGAAGACGCGGCCACUCUGGCUGCCCAGUAUAGCACGCUGAAGGCUUUCAAUGAGGCCGAGCAGACCGGGAAACUCGUGUGCAGCGGACCUAUUUACGAUAUAGCUGUUAAGGUCAUAGGCAAAGACGUAAUGAAGAAGAUGAAUAGCGUUAACCCUACGGCUGCGUCUGCUUCUGCUGACGAUGCGGCCACCAGUUUACAAAUGAAGGACCAGAUGAUAACUACACAGAAGACAUUUGAAGAAACUGCAAAAAAAUCCAAAGCUAAGGGCACAAUCCUCAGAGAGCAACUAAUUAAAGACAAGUUAAGCGCGCACAUACACGGCGCGAAACAGAGAGUCGACACACCGCCGCCUAGUGCCACCUCCUCCAUUGUACCUGUUGGACUUAUCAGAACAACGGACCGGUUGUCCCGUGUAGAGUGUAUCCUGCCCGACAAUGACGACAUCAUCAUCAGCGACGUGCACUCCGCCGCCCCCGCCCCGCCGACACCCACUCUACCAGAACCCAACGAGACCAAUCACAACAGGCCCAUUAUCAUAAACACUUUAUUAAGCAAACAGGAAACGACUCCGACCAAUGUAUAUGUCAGAGCUAUGCCAACACAAACAGGGAUCCCAACUAAUAUAAUUUUCAAACCUAUCCGCAAUUAUAAAACCAACCAACCAACGAACAAACCGAUUGUCACUGACAGUAGUAACUUGACUCCAGUGAAGCCUCCGCCUCUGGCCAGUGUCCCGGCCCCCGCCCCCGCCAGCACCAUCUGCCUGGACAGUGACGAGGAGGACGCGCCCGCGCCGGUGCCGGUGUCGCUCACUAGUGCCCUCGCUCCGGGCCUCCAGCUCCCGUUACCGAAUUUGGCAAACCAAGUACUAGACAACUGUACUGCCACAGCUACACAGAAGCUAGUGUUACGGCAAUUUGCCACCGGGGGCGGCACUCAAUCUAAAUAUGUUCUGAUACCCAGCGAUAAACUUCCCUUGCUAAAGCUACCUUCGACGCAGACGCCGGUCUCGACCGCACCCAAACCUCCGCCGCUACAUCCGUUUACGACACCGAAUAAUUUAAAAAAUACGAUAGUUGAAUCCAUCAAUCAAACUAAUAAAACUUUUAAAGCUGGUGAUGUACUCAGACUAACGAAAGAUGGAAAAAUUGAACUGAUAAACAAUAAAAAAACAGUGGACUCGGCUCAUUCCAGCAAACCGCAAGCUGCAGUUUCGACAAAUAGUAAUUCUGGGAUUGUAGACUUAACUGAACUAGCGAUCGCUAAUGGUGAAGUACUGAAAAAGCAACAAUCGUCCAAUAUUGAAAAAAAUACAAGUGCGAAUAAAGUGGAAGUGCGGAAAGCGCGGCAGGUGAGUGUAGCCAGCAGUACCAGCAGUACGAGUAGUUCUGGCCGGGCGUCCAGUCCUGACAACCCGCUGUCCAUACUGAAGGAUGUAGUGCAAAUUAAAGCGGCAGACUAUAAUAAAACUGGCUCUGACAAAGGUAAUCAGCGCAUCGCUAACAUCAGUCAAGCCGCCGCCAGCACCUCCAAAGGGUUUCUCAAGUUAACCAAAGUACCGAAAGACCAAGUACCUAAACACAUAGACGACGCUGUGGCGAAAGAGAUAAGGAAAAAUGCUUUAAUUAAGAAAUUGAGUUCUACAAAUCAGCCGAAAACUAAGGAACAACAGAAUCCAAUUAGUUCAACGAUAACGAAUAGUUAUAGCAAAGUAACGAGGGGAUCAGUUAGUAAAAAAGUUACUUCUAAACUACUGAACGAUAGUAAAUCCAGUAGCAUAUUAAAAGCUGAAACUGUAGAUUUAACUAACUUGCCACGGCUUGGAACUGCCGUGAAAUCGAAGAACGAUAGUAUAAAGAGACAGUCUACUACAGACACUACAUCUGCUAAAAAGAAAAAAUCUGAACCAAUGACGCUAAAGGACUUCGAUUUGGACGACAUAGACGACAUUAUUGAAUUGGAUUAGCAUUUGCUUAUUAUAGUUUCGGAAUGAUUUGGGUUCCAAUUUAUAGUAGCCCUCUGUUCAUUUCGACACAAAGUGAACAUUUCUACGAUGUCAUAACUAUACAUUUAUACAAACUUUUUGACACAGAGCAUCAUAUCAUUUACAUUUUUUUAUUACUUGUUUAAUAAAUGACGGUUUUGAUUACCCUGGAUACAUAAGAUGUAUGUCAUGUCAUAAAAUUAAUAAGUAUUUCAUUAAAUUAAUGUAAAUACCGCUUUAAGAACCUCUUCGUGAUUCUAGGAUUUUGUGACUGUAAAAUGAACAGUUUAAAAAUAGUCCUUAUGGCAGCCUGACAUAAUAAUUUGAUUAUGUCGGUCUUAUAUUCAGAUGUAAUAGCGACAUAACAAAUUAAUAUCAUAAUUUAAUAAUAUCAUCUUGUUAUUAAUUACAAACGGACAAGAAUAUGAAAGGCAGUGAGUUUUUUUAUAAAUUAUUCUAUAAUCAAGUUAAUAGUCAUUUUAAACACCAGAGAUUACGUACUAAUCUUAAUUAAACGAAAUUUCUGGUAGUCUAAGAUCCCGUUAUAGAACGACCUUCACCGAGAUGCUUAUUUAAUGAAACGUAUUUUAUAUUUAAUUUAAUAUGUCAAUAAAUAUAAUCCAUAUGGGUUGCCUAGCAAAUUUCAGUCCAGAGUAUGUUUAAUUAAUAAUUAAAAAAAAAUAUUUUUUUAAACAUUUCACCGGUAUGAUUAUUAGAUAAAUUCUAUACCAAUCGAAAGUAUGAAGCCCAUAGAAUACACAAACGUUAGGUUGCCUAUUCUUUUCCGGUCACAACUAUCGGGUUGCCAGGUAUAAACAGGUAAAUCUGUACUAGCAUUUUGCAACGUUCUGUUUAUUGGAUGAAAUUUAAAUCAAAUUAAAGAUUAUUUUAUUCUGAACACGGUGGUAUAGGGUUGCCAGCGAAAAAUAAGUCCAGAAUUGCGGUUGUCGAAUUUUAAAAAGUUAAAUAUUGCUCCGAGUGAAUGUGUGCGACUGAGAGGUCCCAACCAACCAUCCCAUGCGAUAGAAGAGGACACAGCAUAGCAGCUGUGUAAAGUCCGGCCAUUUAAAGAAAGAGAGUGCGCAUGCUCUUUGGGCUUGGAAAAGAAAAGGAUAGCGAUAGACUAUGCAUCAUUUUGGAGUAGUUUAUUAUUAAAAUAGAGAAAAAGUUAUUUAUUAAUUU